AUGGCCCUAAUCUCCGCGCAAAUCCUAACCCUUAAAUCCCCUUCAACCCCCUCUCUUCCUUCUCAUUCAUCUCUCAUCGCCCCUUCCCAAUCUCCCUCUUUCUCACCUCCUAACACUCCACACUCUCCCUCCCUCUUCUGCUCCCCAAAAUCAACAACACAGUAUAGCUCCAGACGACUUGUCGUUUCCCGAGCCUCCACCAACACGUCUGCUUUGGAUUUCAGCCCCAGCAUCGGUGAGGUCCUCGGUGACGUUAGCAUUUUCACCGCUACUGGUGAUUCCGUCCAGUUCAAAGACCUCUGGGAUCUGAACGAGGGGGUGGCUGUUGUUGCACUAUUGAGGCACUUUGGAUGCCCUUGCUGUUGGGAACUUGCUUCGGCUCUAAAAGAAUCUAAAGCUAGAUUUGAUUCAGCUGGUGUGAAACUAAUUGCAGUUGGUGUUGGUAGUCCUGAUAAAGCUCGUAUACUUGCAGAAAGGUUACCAUUUCCAAUGGAUAGCCUUUAUGCUGAUCCUGAUCGCAAGGCAUACGAUGUGUUGGGGUUAUACUUUGGACUUGGUCGAACUUUCUUCAAUCCAGCUAGUGCAAAGGUGUUUUCAAGAUUUGAGGCUCUGCAGAAAGCUGUAAAAAACUAUACCAUUGAAGCCACUCCAGAUGACAGAAGUAGUGUGUUACAACAGGGAGGGAUGUUUGUCUUUAAAGGUAAGCAAUUGUUGUAUGCUCGGAAAGACGAAGGGACGGGUGAUCAUGCCCCAUUAGAUGAUGUCUUGGAUGUUUGCUGCAAAGUUCCUGUCUCCUAA